AUGGGCAAUUGCUUAGGUCAUAAUUGUGUUAGACCUCCCUUUAUAGGUUCUUGCAUCGGAUUCCCUCGAGCCAAGCGUGAGAAAGUGUUGCAUGUUGUCAAAACAGAUGGAAAGGUUCUGGAAUUCAGCGCUCCGAUUCUUGUGAAAGAUAUCGCGGUCAACUUUCCUGGCUCAGGUAUUGGUCUAACAAAUGAAGCUAUAGAGCAUCUGCCACCAAGUUACGAGUUAAAGCUUGGAAAUGUUUACCAUGUUCUUCCACCACCUCCAGGGACUUCACCGGUGGUUGACAGGGAAGAAGAAGCAAGUAGUGGUGGUGUCAAGAGGAUUAAAGUUGUAAUAACAAAGCAACAACUUCAGCAGCUUUUGAAAAAGGAAAUAUCUCUUGAGGAGGUUCUGUUAGGGCUAGAGAAGAAAAGUUCUUCUCUCGACUCUCCAAGAAAUUGGAAGCCAAAGCUGGAAUCAAUCCCUGAAGGAUUUGAGUAG